ACAGAUGUCGCUACGUAAAAAAAAGAUGGUUUUCUCCAACUUUGACACUUCAAGAACAAAAAUUUUCGUACUUGCGCUCGAUGUUUUCAUGUGAUAUAAAAGCCGUGGACGAUUGGAGGUUAUUAUUUUAAACCAUACAACGAUAAUAUGGAUUUAAAUGAUUCGCACGCAUCUUAGUAACGCAAAGGCACAUCCUUUUUCAUCCAAAGAAUAGAUUAAAAUAAAGAAUCGAAAAAAAGGUAAUAAAACGCUUAGAAGUACUUUAAAUGGAGCAAGAGGAGGCCGUUGGUGGACCCAGACACCAGGAUUCCUUCAGACCUGACGAUAACCAACCGGGAAAAAUCGUUGCCGUUAGAAGUAAAGAAUCCGCACGGUAUUGUUGGGUUUGUUUUGCUUCCGACGAAGAUGACUUAGAUGCCGCUUGGGUUCAACCAUGUAAUUGUAGAGGAACUACUAAAUGGGUUCAUCAGGCAUGUUUACAAAGAUGGGUUGAUGAAAAACAGAAAGGUGGUAAUAUGGGUAAAGUAACAUGUCCUCAAUGUCAAACGGAAUACAUUAUAGUUUUCCCGAAUAUGGGAGUUUUGGUGCUCUUGUUAGACACCGUAGAUAGUUUUAUUUAUAAGGGAUGUCCGUUUCUUGCAGCUGGUAUAGUUGUUGGGGCGAUUUAUUGGUGUGCUGUGACAUAUGGAGCAAUUACAGUAAUGCAGGUUGUUGGACAAAAAGAAGGUUUAGCCAUAAUGGAACAAGCAGACCCAUUAGUACUUUUAAUUGGUUUACCGGCAAUUCCAAUAGCGUUAAUAGUUGGUAAACUAAUUAGAUGGGAAGAUACAGUGUUGGCUUUUAUUAGAAAUUAUCUUUCGAGAGUUCCCUUGGUUAAAUAUGUUUUGCCAUUUCGAAUUGAUGUCAGUCCAAAUUUUACAAGAGCAGACAGUGAUUUGCCACCAUUAACAGAUCCUUUUUCCGCGACGAGGGUUUUAUGUGGGGCAUUAUUAAUGCCCACAAUAGCUAAUAUAUUUGGAAAAUUUUUCUUUGACUCAGUGAAAUCGAACUUUCAUAAAACCGUCCUAGGCGGGUUGACUUUUAUUGCAAUUAAAGGUUGCCUCAAGAUCUAUCACAAACAGCAACAGUACAUCAGACAGUGUCAACGGAAGAUUCUUGAUUAUACAGAAGCGAAUAUUGCGACAUACUUGAGAAGGAGCACUCGUAGAGAUUAAGGGGAAAAAUCUGGUUGGGUUUAUUUUGUAUGAUUACAAAGAAAUAAACUUAUUAACAACAUUAUUGAAAUCAUAUUAACUGUAUAUUUUUGUUAAAAAAAAGUUUUAUUUUUAGGUGAUAUUUGAAAUAAAGGUGUUAAUAUUUU